AUGACCAACGAAAAGUACAACCCUCCUCCGGGCCCUCCACCUGGUUGGAGCAAGAGGCAAGAAGCAUCAUCAGAAACCUAUGCGCCUCCUGCAGGCCCACCACCAGGCUAUCAAAGACACAAUGAGAAGUUCAGCAUGAACGAGCAAUUUGCACCUCCUCCAGGACCUCCUCCAUCCCAUCGCUAUGACGAAGCCUUGGAUCAGACCGCUCCACCGGACUAUGCUCCGUGGCUGUCAGUACCAGACACGAGCUUGCUCCCACCUGCUCCCGCAGUGACUCAUGAUACUUCACCGACUGCAAAUGCAACUCAAGAUUCUGCUGAACGGGCAAAGAAUUGGUGCAGUCGUAGUCAUCUGUACCCACCGGGUCAGAUCCCUGCUUCGGUCCAUGAAGAUUUCCGGCUUCAUGGUUUUGUCUUCAGCCAACCUCCACCACAAUUUUCAGGCGAGGUGACGAGAGCGAUGCGCCAACAAAACACCUGGGCGGUCCGCACACGUAAGAAUUGUGAAGACUGCAUCCUUACCACAUCGGCUCCACUCUACUCUGCAGCUCUCAAUGACCCAUUGAGGAAUAAUGGAAGGCCUUUCACCAUCUACUUUGAGAUCCGUGUUUCCCGCAUGGCUUCCGAUUCUGGAGAAGAAGGUGAUGCUGGAAUUGCAGUCGGAUUCGUAGCACCUCCAUACCCUCCAUUCCGACUCCCUGGAUGGGAGAGAGCUAGUCUCGGUGUGCAUGGCGAUGACGGUCGUCGCUACAUUGACGAUGACGGAGGCGGUCAAGACUUUACUACUUACUUCAAGAACGGAGAAACAGUCGGUAUCGGUAUGAACUUUAGACCUGCACAGUUCCCUGGUCGCAGAAGAGAUGUUGAAGUCUUCUUCACCAGAGAAGGUCAGAAGGAGGGAGGAUGGAACAUGUACGAGGAGCGAGAUGGAGAUGAUUGUGGCAGCAUUGUGGGACUAGAGGGUGAUCACGACUUGAUGGCGGCGGUAGGAAUGUUCGGGCAGGUUGACUUUGAGGUGAGGUUCCGUCGUGAAGAAUGGCUGUAUCGUCCGUAG